AUGUGCGUUGACAGGAUUCUCGCAUCGGAGCUGAACUGUGUCUACCCCGAGCUUUCACGAACGGUGGUCGAGUCCCGAAUUGGCUCCAUCCCCUAUCGCGCACUCGAUAUCCAAUACGAGAUACCACGACAGCCCGAGAAGAGUCUCGACUGUGGUGUUAACGCGGGCAUGUACCUCCAUUUGCAUGUUACCACCAACUUCCAACACCUCGGAGGUCCAAUCGUAUUCACCACUGCACCCCUGCGUUACCGUCGCGACUGGCGGGCUGACAUGUGCGCCCACAUAUCUGGCAAUUUGCUAUCUGCCCUUCAAACAGCUGGCCUCACCCUUCCCCCACAGAAGCUCUCCCGUGCAGUUGCCGUGCCAACCAGUGGAGACGUGUCGGAGAUGAGCGGUGUCGUCCGGGAGACAAGCUCCGACGUGCAGACCCUGAAGAAGGAAGUCGCCGCUCUGUGCGCAGAUUAUGCCGAGCUGCAGUCGAAGUUCACCAGCGUGAGCCAGCAGCUGUUUGAGCGCGUCGGGGCAAUGGAGAAGGCUCGGGACACAACGAAGAACUUAGAGGGCCAGUUGGGUGCGCCAGGCCCCGGUGACGUGGCAUCUCCAUCCAAGCGGGUGGACUCUAGUUCCGACCCGGGGCUCAGAGACACCGCGGCCUCCCCCCUUGCAGGAUUUCGGCAGGCAUCGCGGAUUGGGGCUGACCAAGACGCAGCGCCGCCGCAGCAGCACCACCGUGAGCCACAGUACGCACCUGCAUCGCCGUCACCCGCCCCCGCUCCUGCACAGCCUCAUCAGCCUCGCGUACCAACAGGGCAGGACGCGGCAUACUAUCAUCCGGGCACAUCCCGCCCUGCCCCGCCGUAG